UCUGAUACAGAAAACAUGGUCAAUUCCUUUAGUCACUUCAUCCUCUUGGGCUUUCUCUCCAGUUGGGAGCUACAGAUGGUCUACUUUGUGGUAUUCUCAGUAACCUAUAUGCUAACAUUAAUGGGAAAUGCAGCAAUUGUCUGUGCUGUGCGCUGGGAUCGGCACCUCCAUACUCCCAUGUACAUACUCUUGGGGAAUUUCUCCUUCCUGGAGAUCUGCUAUGUCACCACAACUGUUCCCAACAUGUUGGCCAAUUUCUUUUCUGAAACCAAGACUGUCACCUUUGUUGGUUGCUUUAUACAAUUUUAUUUCUUCUUCUCUUUUGGCUGUGAUGAAGGCUUCUAUCUUUGCAUCAUGGCAUUUGAUAGGUACCUUGCUAUCUGUCACCCACUACAUUACCCAAUGAUCAUGACUACACAUCUUUGCACUAGAUUGGUGGCCUUUGGCUGGUCAGGUGGCUUUAUCCUCUUCAUAAUACCAGUUGCUCUCAUCUCACAGUUGUCUUAUUGUGGCUCAAACAUCAUUGAUCACUUCAUAUGUGAUCCUGUCCCAUUGAUGGCCCUUUCAUGUUCCAAAGCCCAUACCACAAAGAUCAUUUACUCUACUUUCAAUAUUAUCUUUAUGGUUGGUACUUUUAUUUUCAUUCUCAUCUCCUAUGCCUUAGUCAUUCUUUCUGUUCUGCGGAUUCCCUCUGCUGCUGGCAAACGUAAGGCCUUCUCCACAUGUGCUUCACAUCUGACUGUAGUGAUCCUGUUCUUUGGCUCUGUUAUGACAAUAUAUGUGAGGCCAGGAUCAGAGAAGCCAUUAAAAUUCCAGAAAGUCGUGACACUAUUUUAUUCAGUUAUUACUCCACUCUUGAACCCCUUAAUCUACAGCCUCCGAAACAAGGAUAUGAAGGCUGCUCUGCAGAAAGUUCUGGUGACCAAAAGGACUUCUCACAAGACAUGA